UGCGUGAUCAUUAACUCCGCCCUUUUACUAACUUCCAGGAAAUCACUCGUUAUUCCUCGUUUCUGUCAAACUGAUCCCUUGUGUCCAGACAAAAGACAAACAAUCAGCGAUCAGUGGAGAAUGAAGGAAAAAGCUUUCAAGAAGGAUUUAUGAUACGUUUCUGAACACACAGCAGAUCUUAGUGGAAUCUCAUGAGCAAUCCAGACAUGCAGAUGAGCGAGAGAGACUCUACUACUGUCCGCAGAAUCAGAACCCAGCAGAACCAGACCCUGCAGACCCAGGAGAACCAAGAGCCGGACGAUGGCGACGAGGAAGCCGCGCUGAACGGCCCCCGGAUCCGCGAACACACGUCGACGGCAGUGAAGAAGAGAGAGUUUCUGCGCGAGAGUUGCGCUGUGGUUCUGCUGCUCGGGUUCCUGAGUCUGAUGUGGGUUCUGGUUCUGGUCUCAGUCCAGCAGAUCAUCAUCCGCAGCAGAAGCACAGGACACUUCAACGCCACUCGGGCCAGGAUGCAUUUGGAUCGGAUCACCAGCGUCGGGCCGCGGACCGUGGGAAGCCCAGAGAUCGAGGUGACGGUGAACUACCUUCAGGAUCAGAUAGAGCAGAUCCGGUCUGAGAGUAAAGCUGGCUCUCACUCCAUCACAGUGGACGUCCAGCGGCCCAGCGGCACCUUCAGUAUCGGCUUCCUCAUCUGCUACGACCACCUGACCAACAUCGCCGUCAGACUCGAGCCCAAAACCGGCGCGCAGCACUUCAUGCUCGCUAACUGCCACUUCGACACGGUGGCCGACAGUCCGGGAGCCAGUGAUGAUGCCGUCAGCUGUUCAGUGAUGUUGGAGAUUUUACGUUCUCUAGCUAAUCUCUCUACACCUCUCAAACACGGUGUCAUCUUCCUGUUCAACGGGGCAGAGGAGAACAUGCUGACGGGGAGUCAUGGCUUCAUUACCAAGCAUCCCUGGGCUCAGCAGGUGCGAGCGUUUGUGAACCUGGACGCAGCAGGAGUGGGAGGGAAAGAAUUGGUGUUUCAGACAGGUCCAGAGAAUCCGUGGCUGGUCCAGGCGUAUGUGCAAGCCGCCGUUCACCCGUUCGCCUCAGUCGUCGGUCAGGAGGUUUUCCAGAGUGGAUUCAUUCCCUCAGACACAGACUUCCGCAUCUUCAGGGACUUCGGGAAUAUUCCUGGGAUUGAUCUUGCGUUCAUAGAGAACGGUUACCUCUAUCACACUAAAUAUGACACUCCGGAGCGAAUCCACAUCGACUCCAUCCAGAGAGCAGGCGACAACAUCCUGUCUGUGCUCAAGCACCUGGUGAUGUCAGAUGAGCUGGCGGAUUCCUCGGAGCAUCGCCAUGGUAACAUGGUGUUCUUCGACCUGCUGGGAUUGACGAUGGUGGCGUAUCCCGCUCACGUCGGCACCAUCAUCAACUAUGUGUUUGCCGUCGCCACGGUGAUCUACCUGGGCUGGAAGUGCAUGUUGAACAGCUCUGUGGGCUGUCGGUGCACACGUGAUCUGGCGCGUGUGUGUAUUGCUGUAGGCUGUCGGUACACGCGUGAUCUGGUGUGUGCGGUGGUUAUGGUGGUCCUGAGCUGGGUCAUGGCUCUGCUGACGGUUCUGUUGGUGGCUUGGCUCGUCACACUCAUGGGUCGCUCCAUGUUCUGGUACACACACUUCUACGCUGCCGUCUCUCUGUACGGAUCCGCCGCCGCCAGCAUGAUCCUGCUGAUACACACGCUAGCCAAGAGCCUGUACUACAGGCCAAUACAGUUCAAAUCCCGGAUUAUCCCAGAAUGCAUCUCGCACCUACCAGCCAGCGUCAAUGGCGGAGGAGUAUAUAUUGAGACUCACAGUGGAGAAUUAUACAUGUGUGUUCAGAGCGCCAGUCGUGUGGAUCUGGCCGAGCUCUUCUUCGACGUCAGUCUGCUGUUGUGGUGUUGUCUGCUGCUCUUCCUCACUGUGUGUGGCUUGUGUUCAGCGUACGUGCCUAUGAUGAUGGUGGUGUUUCCUCUCGUCAGCAAACUGCUUCUCAGAAUGUUCAUCAGAGCCAAAGGAGCAUCUCUGUUGUACACCGUCCUUUACCUGAUGGGUCUUGCCGUGCCGUACGUCCACAUCAUGUUCCUCACCUGGGUGGUUUUUGAGAUCUUUACACCCAUUCAGGGCCGCAGUGGAACCAGGGAAAUCCGACCCGACUUCUUCAUGGCGUCAAUUGUUACCCUGGCAACCGUGAUUCUGUCUACCUAUUUCAUGCAUUUCAUCUAUCUGUGGCGCAGCACAAAGUGUAUGUUGGCUGUUCUGGGGUCAGUGUUCACGCUGAUGUUUGUUCUGGUCUGCUCUGGUCUGUUCUUCCCAUAUUCUGGUGACCCAUCAAGCCCGCGACCCAAACGUGUCUCUGUUCAGCACAUCACACGCAGGUCCUACGCGCUGAACGGAUCUCUGCAGAGCUCAGACUCGGGAUUCUGGAUCAAUAGUCUGGAUUACACCGGCAUGCAGCACAUCACUCCUCAUAUCCCCGAGAUCAACGACAGCAUCCACACACACUGUCAGGAUUUCUACUGCCCCUUCCCAUGGCUCUCCAUCACGGAGAACUGGUAUCUUCCGGCUCCUGAAGCCUUUCCUGACGCUCCGCUGGAGUUCCAGCUCUUAUCCAGACAGGACACUGAAUGGGGAACAGUUAACAUGACCUUUGAGGUCAAAGGUCCAAGUCACAUGUCUCUGUUGGUGUUGCCCAGCGCUGACGUGUUUUUGAGGUCCCGGGCAUUUGGUGACGGGAAGCUGUACUACUACCCCAGCGAAGAAGACUACAUAUUUUACUCUCACGGCCUCGACGCUCCUGCCUGGAACUUCUGGUUUGAGAUUCAGUCCUUAGACGCGUCUCCUGACGAGGGCUUGAUCUCUCUGGCCAUCACAGCUCAUUAUUUCUCCGGUUCAGACCGGCGCUCCGAGCAGCUGGAGUCGUUCCUGAAGAGAUUCCCGCCCUGGGUGUUCCCAUCCUCAUGGAUCAGCACGUACCACGUGUACAGGUUCUGAGGGCCACUUGCUCAAGGAUGAAUGACGAGUGUCGAGAAUUACUUACAUUUCCACAUGCCUGCAGUUCUCCAACUCUCUGCAUGAGGGAAACAUGUGUACGUCUGAUCGGACCCUGACGAGAAGCUAAGAUCUUUUUACACCUCAAAGACAUCCAUUUAUUUGUAUAAAUAUGACCGUUGACAUGAAUUUUAGUGUAACGUUGGCACAACGUAACCAACCAUCUUAGGUUGGUUGCUUAAGGUUGUGCCUAGGGUGUUUGGACAACCACUGGACUACAUGUGUACUCAUCACCGCCCUGAAGCGAGAAAAUCAGCCUUUAAAAUUUCAACCAACCGCUAGGCCGUCUCAUUCAUCUUCAAGCAAGGAUACGCGAGAAUUGCGUUUAAUUUACCUCAGCUAAAUAAGAUACGGAAUUAUACAAACACAACCUACAACUUCCAUGUCUAAUGUUACUUUUAUUUAAACAUCUUAUGGCCAGGAAUGACAAAUAUUUACCUUUAUACCAAAAGUUAUAAGCCACAACGAAGCCAAAUAAAUGACUUUAAUGAUGA